AAACAGGUAGCAAUAAUAUAUGACUGAUUUCAUUAUUUUUCGCACUAUGCUCUCCCUAAUUUAAGGGACAUAUCCAAAUCAAAAGAGCCAUUACACAAACAUAAUCUAAUACUUAAUUCUAUCCUCUUUACCUGCACCACUUGACUAAAUACUAUAUUUAAUCCCUAAUUUAAUAAACAUUGCCUUUGCCCACUUGUAUAUAUAAACUCAAACUCCUUUCUUUUAGUUCCUCAGCCACUUUCAAGUCCUCAAGACUUGAAGGUUUUGUAAUGGAAAACUUCCUUCCAUUGCUCUACAGGAACCCUAAGAGAACUUCGAGACAGUCAAGCCGAUACCUUGGAGUGCGGCGGAGGCCGUGGGGGAGAUAUGCUACUGAGAUCAGAAACCGUUAUAUGAAAGAGAGGCACUGGCUUGGUACAUUUGACACUGCUGAAGAAGCUGCAAUAGCUUAUGAUAUUUCUUCCAUCUCUUUUAGUAGCAUAGAGAAUGCUUGGACAAACUUUUACUACCGUUUAUCGUUUCCGACACCCCCUCCACCACCACGUCCAACACCAGCAUUGAAAGAGGGUGAUCAAUUUUGUAUGGAGAGCGUGAGUCCAAUGGAGAAUGAUGAUGAAUCUCUUGUUAUUGCUUCUAUCUUGCAGAGUUUUUGCCAGUCUGCCAGCAAUUCCUUCUGUCCCUAAACAGCAAUUAUUAAUUAAUAUAUGCUCUUUAAUCUAUUAAAGCUUUGUUAACAUCUAAUUAACACUAUCAGCAUAGCACUUCUUUGUCCUUU